AUAAUGCUUUAGUUGCCAUUCUGCAGAUGAUCAACUAUCCCCACGAUGUACACCAGACUAGCUGUCACUUGCAUAGUUCUUGUACUGUGCUGUGUGCAGACGAAGUGCCAGAACCCUUGUCCCACCGCAUUUGGCUGUCAGCAACAGGGUGUUGUGGUUUGUUCAGGGUGUGGUCAACCGGACCAGACGUGCGCAUACCAGUCACCACGGGGUAAUGUUUGUGGCAAUAGACUCUUGGAAAAGACUCAAGUCCGCACCUGUCGCGACAUCUACCUGCACAACCCUUCCAGCCAGAGCGGAGAGUAUACGUUGUUCAGCAACCGGAGAGUGUAUUGCCGCUUCAGCAACGGCGUUAUCACCACCUACUUCUCCAAAUCUGCUGCAGACGGUUUGACAACAGAAGAGCUAAGUCACCACUACAAUACAAAGUCCGAAGUCGACGUUGUCGCAAAGUGGAGUAAUGAGACUCAGACCGUGUCCAAACUCGCCCAACUGUCCCGAUACUCCUUCUUACCCCUUGGUAUCACGGCAAAUGAACACACCGUCUACACAGCACCCAUGAAUUUGAAUCUUCAACCUUAUCUAUUUGUUGGUUUUCUUCCUCAAGUCCUGAUUUCCAAAAGUUUCAUCAAUGGGUAUCAAGCUAAUGGCAUGGACAAGUCGUUCCACAACUGUGACGAAGGUCCAAACUCUCAGUUCACGUUCUAUGCUAACCCGAGUAACUACCAGCCUCAAAAGCGUGGAUGGGAGACCCAUCAGGUGACGUCAGAGUGGACCUCAGGUGCCCGGAUGAUACAUUCCGCUCAAGGUUUGCUUCCAGACGACUACUUCUUCGACGGGGAGCUACACUUCGGUGGGUGCGGAGCUUACGGCAUCACCGAGAGCUGGUCCAAAGUCCAUGGCCUAAGCCUGGGGGUUAAAUAUGUUCUGGAACAUCUAGUGGUUCCAUCUUGCUGACCAAGGACUGAGUGGGUGCGGAGUGUUGAUCCCGAAGUGAAGAGCAAACGCAUUAUCCACAAGGGUUCCACAGUUGGAAACGCAGUAAUGAACCUGGUACCAGAACAUUAACCUUUUUCUCAGAUAUAGAACAUACAUGUACAUUGUACACUUUCUGCUUAUUCAUAUGCAUGUUUGCCUGAACACUAUUUCUCAUGACCGUAGUGCGUGUAGCUUUGAUGUCAAUAAACGACAGUGAAGUUCA